UAUUAUAUGACAUUUAUAAAGCUUCAUGCUCUGUGUGUGUGAAUAACUCUGGAAAGAUAAGAAAACAUUUUGUGCUUAUCCUUUUAUCACAUCUACAAUAUAUACUUCCUUAUCUUAGGGAUAUAUCAAGAUGGCCACUCGUUGGGGUAUAGUCGGCGCUGGAAAAAUUUCGCAUGACUUUGUAGCGAGUAUAACGUCCAAAGAAGAGCAUGAAGUAAUUGCUGUUGCUGCAAAAGAUUUUUCGAGAGCGAUAAAUUUCGCAAAAGAUUUAAAUAUUAAAAAAUCUUAUAGUAGUUAUAUGUUAUUAGCAAAAGAUAAAGAUAUUCAGAUUGUAUAUAUUGGUACGUUGAAUACAACACACUAUGAAUUAGCAAGGAUUAUGCUAGAACAUGGUAAACAUGUACUUUGCGAGAAACCAUUAACAAUGAAUAUGAACCAAACGAAAUCGUUGAUAAAAUUUGCUAGAAGUAAAAAUCUUUUCCUAAUGGAAGCAGUUUGGAGUCGUUUUUUCCCAUCUUAUACAAUCAUUCAAAAAGAAAUUGAUUCCGGCAAUAUAGGAAAAAUUCGUCAAGUUAUUAUUCCACUUGGAUUUAAUUUAGAAAAUGUUGAAAGAAUUAAUAAGAAGAGCUUGGGUGGUGGUACCAUAUUGGAUUUAGGUGUAUAUUGUCUACAAUUUCUCUGCAUGAUUUUUAAUAAUAAAAUGCCUCAUACGAUUAAAGCUACUGGAUUCGUAAACGAAGAUGGAGUAGACGUAUCAACUUCUACAACACUUUUGUACGAUGAAAACAUAACAGCUACUAUUUUAACGCAUAGUUUAGUAACUUUGUCUAACGAAGCUUAUAUCUAUGGAGAAAAAGGAACAAUACGUGUACCAAAUUUUUGGUGUCCUACUGAACUAUAUUUGCCAGGGCAGCAUUCCCAAAUUCCAUUACCGGAAUCUGAAUAUAAAAUGAAUUUCAAAAAUAGCGAGGGAUUAUAUUAUGAAGCGAAUGCAGUUCGUUUGUGUCUUCAAAAAGGUAAGGUAGAACACCCACUCAUGACUCACGAGACAUCUAUAUUAAUUGCACAAUUAGAAGAUGAACUUCGAAAUCAAAUUGGCGUUACAUAUCCUGAAGACUCAAUUUUUUAAUAAUGAUUCUUAAUUUAAUAUACAUAUAUAUAAAUUGAUGUGUAUGUAUAAAUACAUAUAUAA